AUGCUCUUCCCCCCAUUAACACGCCCCCGUGGCCCCCUCCGCACCCUCCUAACCCGCCUCCACCCCUACCGCAUCCCCCUCACCCUCCUCCUCCUCGCCCUCCUCACCGAAGUCUACCUCCACAACUCCUACUACACCAUCCACCACCCCGCCCGCGACCUCGACGUCCCCUUUUACACCUCAUGCCAAGAACCCGACCUCUCCCCCUCGGCGCCCCGCGAAGCCGCAGCAAUAGUAAUGCUCGCCCGCAACCACGAAGUCGAAAAAGCCCUUCGCACCGUAAUCUCGAUAGAAAAACACUUCAACCGCUGGUUCCACUACCCCAUCGUCUUCCUCAACGACGAGGACUGGGACCCGGAAUUUGUCUCAACCAUGAACGAGACUGUCUCGGGCGGCGCAAAGUUCGAGGUCAUACCCAAGGAAGAAUGGGGCUUCCCCGCGAAUAUAAACCAAGACCGCGCUCGAGAGGCGAUCAACAGGCAGGGCCAACAGGGGGUGUUGUACGGUGGGCUGGAAUCAUACCACCACAUGUGCAGGUUUUAUUCGGGCAAGUUUUACACGCUAAAGGCGCUGAGGGAGUACAAAUGGUACUGGCGGAUUGAACCGGACGUGGAAUUCUACUGCGCGCUGACGUACGACCCGUUUGUGGAGAUGGCCAAGCAUGAAAAGGUGUACGGGUUUACCGUCGCGCUGCCUAAGGAGCCGGCGACGUGCCCGGGGUUGUUUCGGGCGGUGGCUGACUGGAAGGAGGAGCAGGAUUAUCGGACCACCGAGCUGUGGAAGGCGAUGGUGAGCCCGAGCUGGCUGCCUUGGCCGAUCAGGAAAAUGAUGAGCGGGUUGGGGCAUAGGGACGGGCGUGGGGACGGGUGGAAUUUGUGCCAUUACUGGAGCAAUUUUGAGAUUGCGAGUUUGGACUUUUUCAGGAGUAAUGCUUAUCAGGAUUUGUUUGAGAGGUUGGACGAGAGGGGGGGGUUUUAUGAGGAGAGGGUGAGUACCCUAACCCCCUUUUUCCGACUUGGAAAGAAUUUGAUGCUGAUCAUGAGAAAACAGUGGGGAGAUGCACCGGUGCAUUCGCUCGCGCUGGCGAUGCUGCUUGAUUCGCACAAGGUUCACCACUUUGAGGAUAUUGGGUAUAGGCAUGAUUGGUACUUCCAAUGUCCUGCCAACGCUCCGGGAGGACAGUUACCGCAGAGCGAAGUCCUGGGGGGGCCGGCGUUUGAAGUCCGAGAAGAGAGGGAGGAUGGGAUUGGGUGUCGGUGUGAGUGCGAUGGCAGCCGGACGAGGAACCAUGCGAGUUAUUGCCUGAACCGGUUGACGCAGCCAAACAAGAGCAGGAGGUUGGGUACGUUGGGGUGGGUGAGGAGUUGGUGGGCCUAG